AUGCUGGGGAGUUUAAUAUCCGUACCCGCUUCCAAUAUUUUGCCCACCCACCCACCUACCUCACCACCCAGAGCCGGACCUCAAGCCGGAGGAAUUGAAAGAGCGGAGCGAGGGGAUUCCUUCGGCCCUGUUUGGAAUCGCUCGCGGGCAAAAUUUGGCUGCGCUCCUGCCUGCCUGCCUGCGCGAGAGGGAUCGGCUCAGCCCCGGGAUCCUUUUCCCAGCCAGGAUCCCUCCCUCCCCCCCUCUCUCUCCCUUCCCCCCAAGCGUGUGACUCUCUCUGGCAUUGUCCUUACGCGGCGUCCGUGCCCACCACGCCUCCGCGUGCCUGGGGCCCUCCACGCACCUCCCUUGCCACCCUCGGGAAGACUUCGAAGCGGGUGCGCGCGUGAGGUUUAUAGAAAGAAAGCAUCGGGAAUCGGCAGAGGGCAGAGAGACCUGCUAGCUAUCCGGACGCCGGUUUUUUUGGGGGGGAGAGGGACAAACCCUCCCCGAUCAUCAAGAGACCCAGGUGAUCCGUGGGAAGGGAAAAAAGCAGAAAGUGGAGCCGGGCAAGGCGGCGCUGGCGGCGGUGGGGAAGAAAAUUUCUGCCGCUGAUUUUCCGUCUCUCUCGCUCUCUCGGCGUUCUCUUUCCCCAUCUGCCCUUCGCUCCGGUUUGGAGGGGGGACCAGAAAAGAAAAGAAAAGAAAAAAAGAGACGGUGAAUUCGAAGCAAACCCCACUCCCCGCUCCGGCGUGUUUUUCUUUUUUCUUUUUCCUU